AUGGCGAUAUGCCGUUGGGCAGGAUACCCAAACCUUUUUAUAACAUUCACAUGCAACGCAAAGUGGCCAGAAAUCCAGUAUAUGCUAGAUGAAACAGGAAGCAAACAAAAACCAGCAGAUCGACCAGAAAUUAUAGACCGAGUCUUCAUGAUAAAACUAAGAGAGCUACUAAGAGACAUAGUGGAAGGAAAACACUUCGGAGAAACUACAUCAGUUCUCUACACAAUAGAGUUCCAGAAAAGAGGACUCCCGCACGCCCACAUAUUGGUAUUUCUUAAAGACAAGAGCAAGUUCCAUGAUCCAACACACAUCGACGAUAUAAUAUGUGCUGAAAUCCCAAACAAGAAUGAAGACCCAAAAGCCUAUGCAGCUGUUGAGAAUUUCAUGAUGCAUGGCCCAUGUGGAGAAGCAAACCCAAAUUCUUCAUGUAUGAUGGACAAUAGAUGCAACAAGCACUUUCCAAAAAGAUACAACUCAGAUACUACAAUCGAUGAAGAUGAUUUUCCAAUAUACAAGAGACAAGACAAUGGGAGAGAAAUCAGAAAAGGAAAUACAACACUAGACAACAGAUUUGCCGUGCCCUACAACAGGAAUCUAUUGGUCAAGUUUCAAGCUCACAUAAAUGUCGAGUGGUGCAACAGGUCUAGGUCGAUCAAAUACUUAAUCAAGUACAUUCACAAAGGCGAUGACUAUGUAGUAGGACUAAUAAAGGAUAAGGACAAAUCGAACAACGAAAUUGACGAGAUUAAGAAAUACCUACAAAUGAGAUACAUAUCAUCAACUGAAGCAUGUUGGCGGUUAUUCCAGUUUGAACUAAGUUAUCGAGAUCCGCCUGUUGAGAGGCUAAAUUUUCAUCUAGAGAAUGAGCAACAAGUUAUUUUUCUAGAUUCGACUGAUAUUGAUAAGAUACUAAGAAGGGAGGCAGUGAAGAAAACUAAAUUUACUGAAUGGAUGGAGGCGAACAAGGAGUACGAAGAAGCAAGAAGAUUAACAUAUGCAGAUUUCCCUACUAAAUGGGUCUGGAUCGCUAAAGAUAACAAAUGGAAAAAGAGGAAAAAAGGAUAUGCAAUCUGA